GCGCUGACCGCAUGCGGGGUGGCCGGAACAAGUUUGGGCCCAUGUACAAGCGGGACCGGGCCCUGAAGCAGCAGAAGAAGGCACAGAUCCGGGCCAAUGGCUUCAAGCUGGAGACGGGCCCCCCGAUGGGGGUGCCUCCACCGCCGCCUCCCGCGCCGGACUAUAUGCUGCCCCCCAGCCUGCAUGCACCUGAGCCCAAGGGCCUGGCCUCGGGUCCACCUGCCGGGCCACUGGGCGACUUUGGGGCCCCAGCAUUACCCAUGGCCGUGCCCAGUGCCCACGGGCCACUGGCUGGCUCCCUCUACCCCGCCUUCCCCGGCCGUGCCAUCAAGUCUGAGUACCCUGAGCCCUACGCCAGCCCCCCGCAGCCUGGGCUGCCCUAUGGCUACCCAGAGCCCUUCUCUGGAGGGCCCGGUGUGCCCGAGCUCAUCCUGCAGCUGCUGCAGCUGGAGCCUGACGAGGACCAGGUGCGGGCGCGCAUUGUGGGCUGCCUGCAGGAGCCCACCAAGGGCCGCCCCGACCAGCCCGCACCCUUCGGCCUCCUGUGCAGGAUGGCCGACCAAACCUUCAUCUCCAUCGUGGACUGGGCACGCAGAUGCAUGGUCUUCAAGGAGCUGGAGGUUGCCGACCAGAUGACGCUGCUGCAGAACUGCUGGAGCGAGCUGCUGGUGUUCGACCACAUCUACCGCCAGAUCCAGCACGGCAAGGAGGCCAGCAUCCUGCUGGUCACCGGGCAGGAGGUGGAGCUGACCACGGUGGCCGCCCAGGCAGGCUCUCUGCUGCACAGCCUGGUGCUGCGGGCACAGGAGCUGGUGCUGCAGCUGCACGCCCUGCAGCUGGACCGCCAGGAGUUCGUCUGCCUCAAGUUCCUCAUCCUUUUCAGCCUCGAUGUGAAGUUCCUGAACAACCACACCUUGGUGAAGGAUGCUCAGGAGAAGGCCAACGCCGCCCUGCUGGACUACACCCUGUGCCACUACCCGCACUGCGGGGACAAGUUCCAGCAGCUGCUGCUGUGCCUGGUGGAGGUGCGGGCCCUGAGCAUGCAGGCCAAGGAGUACCUGUACCACAAGCAUCUGGGCAACGAGAUGCCUCGAAACAACCUGCUCAUUGAGAUGCUGCAAGCCAAGCAGACUUGAGCCUGGGCCACGGGGCGGGGCCAGGGCCGGG